AUGCCCAACAGCAACUCCAUGCCCCAGUUCCUCCUCCUGGCAUUUGCAGACAGGCGGGAGCUGCAGCUCCUGCACUUCUGGCUCUUCCUGGCCAUCUCCCUGGCUGCCCUCCUGUCCAACAACCUCAUCCUCAGUGCUGUAGCCUGUGACCACCACCUGCACACCCCCAGGUACUUCUUCCUGCUCAACCUCUCCCUCACAGACCUGGGCUGCAUCUGCACCACUGUCCCCAAAGCCAUGCACAAUUCUCUCUGGGACACCACAACCAUCUCCUACAUGGGAUGUGCUGCACAGCUCUUUUUCCUUGCCUUUUUCAUUUCAACAGAGUUUUAUCUCCUCACUGUCAUGUGCUACGACCGCUACGUUGCCAUCUGCAAACCCCUGCACUACGGGACCCUCCUGGGCAGCAGAGCUUGUGCCCACAUGGCAGCAGCUGCCUGGGUCACUGGCUUUCUCAUUGCUCUGUUGCACACAGCCAAUAUAUUUUCCCUGCCUCUGUGCCAGGGCAAUGCCCUGGGCCAGUUCUUCUGUGAAAUCCCACACAUCCUCAAGCUCUCCUGCUCACACUCAGGCUACCUCAGGGAAAUUGGACUUCUUAUGUUUAGUGCCUGUUUAGGGUUUGGUUGUUUCAUUUUCAUUGUGUUCUCCUAUGUGCAGAUCUUCAGGGCUGUGCUGAGGAUCCCCUCUCAGCAGGGACAGCACAAAGCCUUUUCCACGUGCCUCCCUCACCUGGCUGUGGUCUCCCUGUUUAUCAGCACUGGCAUGUUUACUUACCUGAAGCCCCCCUAUAUCUCCUCCCCAUCCUUUGAUCUGGUGGUGGCAGUUCUGUACUCGGUGGUGCCUCCAUCACUGAACCCCCUCAUCUACAGCCUCAGGAACCAGGAGCUCAAGGAUGCCCUGAGGAAACUGAUAACUGGGUGUUUUUCAGAAGCAAUAAACUCUCCUUCUUCUUCAUGUUAUGUACUUCAUUAAAGGCCAGUCCUGUUAUGGACUUCAUUAAAGGCCCAAC